AUGGCGAGUGAACAAGACGCGGCCGCCCUUAAGAAACGGCGUACCACUAUUAAGGCUUCGUGCACACGCACCAGUACGUACGUUCAGGCAGUAACUUCUAUCUCACCUUCCAUCAGAGCGCAGCUCAAAGAACGGAAGGCUAAAUUAGAUAUUCAUUGGUUAGAAUACGAUGCCGUACAGUCUAAAAUAGAAUCUUUGAUGGAGAGCGAGGCCAGCGAUCGCGUAACCUUUGAGGACAAUUAUUACGCAUUAAGCAGCAAGAUCACAGAGAUGCUUGAAUCUUCGAAUCCUCCGCCGCGAAUCCCGGCUUCAGGGAGCCCGGCUUCAGAAGGCUCGGCUUUAGCGACUCCGCCGGCUUCCCCUUCGGUUAACGUUUUCGAUUCUAGGGCCAAUAUUCGGUUGCCAAAACUAAACUUGCCCAAAUUUACAGGCAAAUACGAGGAAUGGUUCCCAUUCUUCGACGCGUUUCAAUCUAUUAUUCACGCGAACGAUUCUAUUACCGGCAUUGAAAAAUUACAAUACUUGCGUGGAUGCCUUUCGGGCGAAGCAAGCGACGUUAUUAGUUCACUCGAAAUCUCGGAGGUGAACUACGAAGUAGCGUGGCAGUUAUUGAAACAACGAUACGACAACAAGCGAGUCAUCGUUCAAACCCACGUUAAGGCAAUCAUAGAACUCCCUUCUCUCACGAAGGAAAACGCAAACGAGCUACGCGCAAUAUCGGAUGGCGCGACUAAACAUAUUCACGCCCUUCAGGCGUUGAAACGUCCCACUGAUAAGUGGGACGACGUAUUAACUUGCUUGUUGAGCGCGAAACUGGACACGGCCACGUCUCGUGAGUGGCAAACGUCUUUAACGGGCACUGAACCCCCCACCUUAAAACAGCUACUCGAUUUCAUUGCGCAUAAGAGUCAAGUAUUAGAAACCACGAGUAAAUCAUCGAAAGUGACAGGCAAUUCUCCAAUCACGACCCGUUCCAAGUCUAAUCCUAAACACCCAGCUUCUUGUCACGCUGCAGUCAAGUACAAAUGUAGCUUUUGCAGUGGUGAACAUUCCAUUUAUCGUUGCAGGGAAUUUUUGGCACUUUCAGUUCCGCGUAGGAUCACUGAAGUGCGCAAGCGAAAACUUUGCGGCAAUUGCCUAAGAUGCAGUACCCACGCGGCCAAUCAAUGCACAUCGGGGACUUGCAAAACGUGUGCUGCCAAGCAUAAUUCUCUCCUUCACGUGGCAAAUGGCUCGGAGCCUGACGAUUCCAAUGCAAGUAAGGAAGUUACUGAAGCCAAGGCUUCCUCCGCGAUAGUCACACACACGUUGAAUCAUUCGAGAGAUAAUCACAUCAUGUUAUCGACCGCGGUCGUAAACGUUAAUGACAGUCAGGGCACGCCGGUCAAGUGUCGUGUUUUAUUAGACUGCGGUUCCCAAGCCAACUUCAUAUCUAAAGGAUUAUUAAACGUUCUUGGUUUAAGGUCUCAGAAUCAAAGCGUAGUUAUUUCCGGGGUCAACGGCUCCUGCACGAGCUCAUCUCAAGUGGUCGAUUUAAGGAUACAUUCCGUGAUUAAUUCUUACUUCGCCGACAUUACUUGCAUUGUAACCGAUCAAGUCACAAAUAAAUUACCCGCGUUCAACUUGAAACGUGAUAGAUUCGAUAUUCCUCGAAAUAUCACUCUAGCCGAUCCCAAUUUCCACAAGCCCGCGGACAUAGACAUCCUACUUGGUGCCGAGUUGUUUUGGGAGCUGUUAUGCGUCGGUCAAAUCCAAGCUUCCCACAAACAUCCUACGUUACAGAAAACUCGCUUGGGAUGGAUAUUAGCGGGUCGCUUAAACAAUUACUCAACGUCAUCUAAACGCGUCCAUGCAUUGCACGCGCGUAUAUCUAACGCUCAGUUGCACGAGCAAUUAGGCCACUUUUGGCAACAAGAAGAAGUCGCGAACGAGACAACUCCUUUUACUGCUGAGGAAUCUUACUGCGAAAAACAAUUUUUGGAGACUGUAUCUCGGACACCACAGGGCCGAUUUAUAGUGCAGCUUCCGCUCAAGGAAAAUCUCGCUAACGGUUUAGGAGAAUCGAAAGAAAUCGCUCUAAGGCGACUAUUGAAUCUCGAGAAACGUUUCAACCGCGAUUCGUUUUUGAAGGGGCGGUACGAAGAGUUCUUGCGCGAAUACGAGUCUCUGAAUCACAUGAGAAAAUUAGACGUCUCACCAAGCGAGGAUUCAACGCCGUUCUACUUACCCCACCAUGGCGUAUAUAAAAAUGCCGACAAACCAGACAAGCUCCGGGUCGUCUUUGAUGCAUCCUGUAAGACCCGCUCGGGUUUAUCACUCAACGACAUCUUGAUGGUGGGACCGGUCGUUCAACAAGACUUGGCCUCAAUCCUGAUGCGCUUCCGAACGUUUGCCUACGUUUUUACUGCUGACAUAGUAAAAAUGUACCGGCAAAUAUUGGUAACCCCAUCACAGACGCAUCUACAAAGAAUUUUGUGGAGAGACAACACCGACUCGGACGUAAAUACAUACGAGUUAUUAACCGUCACUUACGGCACAUCCUCUGCUUCCUUUUUAGCAACCAGAUGUCUAAAGCACUUGGCCGAAUUGUACAGAACGGAAUUCCCGGUGGGAUCCAAGCACGUCGCACGCGACUUUUACGUGGACGAUCUCCUCACCGGGGCGGAUACUAUCGAAGAGGCUAAACAAAUACGGGACGAAAUAGUAAAACUCCUACGCUUAGGAGCCUUUCAGCUUGGCAAGUGGGCUUCAAACUUUCCAUCCUUAGUGAAAGACAUGGACAAUCCACCUUUCAACACGGUCGUCAUAACGGAGAACUCUGAGUCGCAAAUCUUGGGAAUCCGAUGGGACCAAACACGAGAUAUUCUGCAAUUUUCAUACAAGACUCAAGGCCAUUCAAACGUCGUAAACAAACGCAGCAUACUAUCCGAAGUAGCCAAGCUGUUCGACCCACUUGGCCUUCUCGGCCCGAUAAUUGCCAACGCCAAACUAAUUCUUCAGGAGCUUUGGCAGUCAGGUGUGGAGUGGGACGAAUCAGUGCCGCAGCAUAUUCAUUCCCGCUGGAUAACCUUCAAGCAAGGUCUAUCCGAAUUAAAUCAAAUACAAGUUCCGAGACGCGUCAAAUUCGCAAGCGCACCCCAGUCAAUUCAACUACACGGAUUCUGUGACGCAAGUCAGCGGGCUUACGGUGCCUGCUUUUAUAUUCGCACCUGCGAAGCCGCCGGGGAUUGUCGCACCGAGCUAUUGUGCUCUAAGUCUCGAGUAGCUCCUUUAAAGGCGAUCACACUGCCCAG